AUGUGCUCGCCGGGAGACGAAGCGAUCCAAGCGCGGCAUGCGCAAGCCGUGCGCUUCAUCACAUCCCUUAGAUCAGAGGCGAAGGACCCACACAUACCAUUAACGCAGGAACAUAUUCAAUUUCUGCACUCUAAAGGCCUGAGUGAUGCAGACAUUGAUCGUGCACGCGAAGAUGCCGAACGUCCCGAGUAUGCGAGCAUGCCCCAUGCGUUUGACGAGGAUCGGGCACGUGUCGCCGACUCUAGUGAUACACAGGCCUUUGAAAGGGCGGAGGAUGCAUUCCGGGAGGAAGGCCGUGCUCCUCCGCCGCCUGUCCCAUCGUAUCCACGCUCUCCACUUGCCCUCUAUGCUACGCCAGAGACUGAGAAACUGCCACCAUAUCAGUAUGAUACCAAUCAAGUCCUAGCUGAAUAUGCUGCAUCCGUCUCGCGACCUCGCUACGAUACGCUUAUUUCUUUCUUGCGUACACUGCAUUUCUUGUUGAUUCUCACUGGCGGCGCGACGGCCGUACUCGUGGCCGUGUUUCGCCGCUACCUGAUACCGAAGCUCACGUCGAUGAUUGAUGCGCGCGUUGAUCUAUUGUCCCUGCAGAAGGAGCAAUUCCGGAAAGUGGGCGAGGCGCUUUCUUCUAUGCGCGCCGGCCACUUGAGUCGACUCUUGCCCAAGGACUAUGAACCUACGUGGACUGAAGUGCAAGUCAACGAGGAAGUUAGCACACCUCCCGACACAGAGGCAUUGUGUGACGCCCCACCCAAGACUACUUUACCAGACGAAAGAGCGGAUGCUCUGGAUACCUCGUGCCCUAUUGAAGAGCAAGAACCAGCACCGGCGCCUCGACCACGGCGUGUAUUGGCCCCCAUCGACAUAACGCAGUCUGUGCGCGACUCGCUCGACCAACUUGCGCAAUCGCUCCGUCAUGUGAGUGUGGUAACUUCUGGAUCUGUGACUGAGUCGGACGAUGAAGGCCUUCUAGAUCUAUGGUCGUCACCACGCUCGCCGCCGGAUGGAAAGACUGCCUCGACGCCAGCAGACUCCAUCGCGAUGGCGCCUUCUGCCAGCAUGGCGUCCUUCCGCCACACCUUUGAAAGCGUCCGAAAUGAGCUUCGUGCCUCGGUGCUCGCUGACGAAAGCUCGAUGAACAUGAUCGGCAGCCGUUUUAGUGCCUUCACUCAGCCUUCGGCGCGGCCCACGUCGGGUCCUGCGGUGGAAAUGCUGCAGAUGAAGGCGGAGAUCCGCAGUCUCAAGGGUCUCUUACUGAGCCGCCGCAACUUCCCGUCAUUUAUGCGAACGGCGCGCACUUCAGCGCGCGUAGACAACGAGUCGUCGUAG